ACCUUGAAGCGUGACUCUAAAUCGUAGCCGAGACACAUAGUCAGUACACGCGACAGUCGUGAUGUCGUCGGAUUCUAUUCCGUUUCUCUAUAUUACCAAUAAAACCUUCGCGAUGCAUGAAACAGAAUAAACAACAAAGUGCUACGAUUAAAUGUCAAAUGUAUUUUAUUGAAAAUUCAGAGUUAGUUUCGUUAAAUCAUUCCCUCAAGAAGAAACGACUCUAAAGAUCAAGAUUGUGCUCAUUAAAAAACAAAAUGUUCAAUUCACAUCAUUAGUUCAUCUUGCAUUAGUUCAAUUGCAGCUUACGAGAAAGAUUCUACGAGGAGAUAGGAAGAAUUCUACGGCGACUGUUAAUAGCUUACCGGACCGUGCGUAGUUUUAAUUACGGUAACGAUCGCGUACGUUUUCCUAUGACAUGAAACCCGGGGAAACCACGCGGCCAUGAUACGUUCCCAGUAUAACGUCGCAUGGUAUGGCGAUCGUGACGUGAGGAUGGAUGAAUCAGUUGCCGCGCGCGGCAACGAGAUCAGUAGAUCGGAGAACAUCGAAUCGGACACUCGGACAGUCCACAUCGUGAAUCCUUUGUUCGUUCCGUAAAGUCAGAGAAAACACUUGCAGUGUUUUAAAAUACGGUAAUUUCUUCAACCGAUUUUCUACGGUUCUCCAACAUGAAUGGUACAAAGAAGCUUGGCAAUGAUGAGAUAUUAUAUCUGGACGAGAUCAACGACGAGGUGUCGAGGCCCCUGACGUCCACCGACACGGAAGCAGAAGCGCCGUCCAUCGGGCUGCGCGCUGGCUUCGUCUCGGAGAAUGACGAAAAUCUCGCCGACAAUCCGCGAGGACCGGAUUCGGUCACCGUAGCGGAGUCCGACGUGCUGGAUAAAAAGCCAUCUGCGCCGAUCGGCUUCGACAGCAUAAAUGGACCGGGAUUGCCCGUGGGAACGCAAUCCGACUGGAGCAACAUCUUUCCUCCUGCGCCUACCGUACAGGUCGUCACUCCGGACGUGAAUGUCUACCAGCACAAGAAGACUCUGGCCCAAGGUAUGAUGGACCUGGCGCUGUUGUCCGCAAACGCGAAUCAGAUGCGCUACGUUCUCCAGACUGAUGGCCGGCAUCCGUACUUCUAUCCGUCACUCGUCAUGAUCAGCAUGAGCCUGUUCCUACAGAUUGCUGUGGGCAUUGGUCUGAUAUGGAACAGCGUCUACAAUGUCAAGGAACAUGAGCAAAUGUGUAAAGCGAACAAAGCCAACAAUUGGACAGUUGUUGGGAUCUUCCUCGUCACGAUAUUCAAUGUUUUUAUCUCGUCGUUCGGUGUUGUCGACCAAACGGUUGCCGUCACGACAUAAAAUUCCAUGUUUUUCUCUUUACUCUUGAUGUGCUCUCUCUUUCUCUCAAAGAUACGCAAUCGUUAUGUAAAGUGAAUGACCAGAUAAAAUAUUUCCAAUGUUUUUAAAGUGAUAUCAACAAGUUUAUGAUUUCAUAUAGAAACUUCAUAACGUUUCUGUAUUAUUAUUAUUGUUAUUUUAAUGCAU